GUGGGCGGGGCUCUGCGCGGCGGGGCCGGGCGGGCGGCAGCGGCGGCGCGCUGUCAGGCCGGUGCCGGUGUGAUGAAGAUUGGCGGCAGGGAACUUUCUGAUGGCUGAGCAGUCCCUGCCCGCCGCCGGCCUGCGCCUCCCGCCCCAACCCCAGGAGAUCUGCAGGAAUUCAGCGUCUGUCCCCCAGCCGCGGCCGAUGCGCAGGUGUAGACCCAAACUGUACCACUAACCCACUGUGAGAUCCUGUGCUGGGGAGCUGUCAUUCCUGAGGAGCAGAAGGGGACGGGACGAGAUACAACUGUGGCUUUCCGCCUGUGGAUAUACUGGCAUCGAGCACAUCUUCAUAUUCCAGGCACAUCUCGACUGUGACCCAUACUCAGAAGUUUUGCUUUUGUGGCUGUGGAACAUUUCGUGCAGUGGCUCCUCAAGCACCCACAGACGAGAUAUCCCUGGAGCAUUUUAGUCGGCAGCGGGGAUGGGUAUCUUCGGAGAGAAGAGAAAUAUUUAGCGGUUCUCAAUGUGACUCCUGCCCAGGAUGCACCAUGUCUCCCCGGCACCGGCUCUGACGAUGAUGGCCACCCAGACGGUGCCCCCUCCUCCCUACCAAGACAGCCCACAGAUGACGGCCACAGCCCAGCAGCCCAGCAAGGCUCAGCCCGUGCACCUCUCCGCCGCGCCGGCUCCCACCGCAGCCGUGCCCCCCGCAGCCGGUGACCCGCAGGCGCAGCUGGAGGCCGACAAGCGAGCUGUCUACAGGCACCCGCUGUUCCCACUGCUUACGCUGCUCUUUGAGAAGUGUGAGCAGGCAACCCAGGGCUCCGAGUGCAUCACCUCAGCCAGCUUCGACGUCGACAUUGAGAACUUUGUCCACCAGCAGGAGCAGGAGCACAAACCUUUCUUCAGUGAUGACCCUGAGCUGGACAACCUGAUGGUGAAGGCAAUCCAGGUGCUGCGCAUCCACCUCCUGGAGCUGGAGAAGGUCAACGAAUUGUGCAAAGACUUUUGCAACCGCUACAUCACCUGCCUCAAAACCAAGAUGCACAGUGACAACCUACUCAGGAACGACCUGGGGGGCCCCUACUCCCCCAACCCUUCCUCCAUCAGCCUCCACCCUCAGGAGAUGCUGCAGAGCUCACCUGCGGCGCUCCCGGCCGCCUCCAACCCCCCCCCGGGCAUCGUGGUGCCUGCAGCUGCGCUGCCCUCAGGCAACCUGGCCAUGGGCAGCGGGGCUGGAUCGCCCGCUGUGCCAGGUGGAGCCCUGUACCAGCCCGUGACGAUGGUGACAUCUCAGGGCCAGGUCCUUGCCCAAGCCAUCGCCCCUGGUGCCCUGCAGAUCCCCAAUGCCCAGGUGAACCUGGAUCUCACCUCACUCCUUGAUGGCGAAGACAAGAAGUCCAAGAACAAGCGGGGCGUUCUGCCCAAACACGCCACCAACAUCAUGCGUUCCUGGCUCUUCCAGCACCUCAUGCAUCCCUAUCCCACGGAGGAUGAGAAGAGGCAAAUUGCUGCCCAAACCAACCUGACCCUCUUACAAGUCAAUAACUGGUUCAUCAAUGCCCGCCGGCGCAUCCUGCAACCAAUGCUUGAUGCCAGCAACCCAGACCCAGCCCCUAAAGCCAAGAAAAUCAAAUCUCAGCACCGGCCCACCCAGCGGUUCUGGCCCAACUCCAUCGCUGCUGGUGUCCUUCAGCAGCAAGGUGGCAAUUCGGGGACAAAUCCUGAUGGCUCCCUUGCCAUGGACAACCUGCAGCCCCUCUCAUCAGCCACGGCCACCAUGGCCAUGCAGCAGGCCAUGCUUGCAGCUCAUGAGGACUCCCUAGAUGGCACUGAGGAGGACGACGAUGAGGAGGAUGAGGACGAGAUGGAGGAGGAGGAAGAGGAGGAAGAGGAGCUGGAGGAAGAGCCCGGUGGCCUCCCGACUGCGCCUGGCGCUAACCUUGGCUUGGACCACAGUGACUCACUGGAGUAGCUCACCUUGCGUGCUCCCCAAAUCAUGGAUGGCGCCAGAAGCGACCUCUCCCAGAAUGGCAAAAAACAGCAAGAAAACAACAAAUUGGUGAGGAAAAAAUCUAACUGUGGAGGCCCUGACAGAUGCCCCAUCUGCCUGUGGGUGCACCGGGGCCACCACAUCAGCACAUGGCAGUGAAGGACACGUGUUUACAAGGCACAUAUUGUGGCCGGAUUUUUUUGAGGUUUUCUUUCAGGUUUUAUCCUUGUUAUCUCCCUUUUCCCUUCAUUUUUGGUAAUGAAAGCAUUUAUAGGGGAGGCUGUUUUCCCCACCGUGCUCAGAUGCCACCAUAGGCUGUUGCAUCCUCUUGGAUUUCUUGGUGCAAAAAAACCCCAACAGAAACAGGAUUGAUGUAUUUUUGGGGGAAGCUUCCACAAAAAAAGGUCAUUCAUAUAAACAUCAGCAUGUGGGAAAAAAUUGCCGAGUUCCCAAUUCUGCUUCCUAUCAGAUUGGAGGAAAGUUUCAUGCUUUUGACCCACAGGAUUGCUCACAUCCCCCUGUUUUGGCCCCAGUGCUGUGGCCAUUUGGUGACUCUACGUGCGACUUUCAGGAAAAGGGAGAAAGUCCCCAAACUAUUUAAUUUAUGUGCUAAAAACCCAACAAAUCUGGAAAAAAUAUUCAGCCUUGAACUUCAGGACUGAGACUGGAUGCAAUGUUGGGCUGGAUGUGAGGCUGAGUAAGACCUUUCCAGGGUUUUUUUGGUACCAAAUAGGAAUAAAAUAGCAGCCUUUCUCCGAAAAUUGAAUAGUGAUUUGCCCAGGAGGAAGGAAAUUCAAAAAGAUGGUAUCUCCCCAGUGUCAUCCACCUGUGCAGGAAAACAUUGGGAUUCUCACCCCCAAGUGCCACAAGUGAGCUGUUAGGGGGCAGCUGUACAAAAACACUGUGUUUGGGGGCUUCAAGUGGUAGCAAAAAGGCAAAUUCUGCCUUGAACUGUGAGAAUAAAAGCAGCCCAGGUAACACAGGGCAUCUUCUCAGUUCUGUGGGGGUUUAAAAAAAAAAAAAAAAAAGGAUUUUUUUCUGCCAGUUCUUCCCCAGCAGUGUGGGGUUUGUUCUUCUGUAAUAAGGAAGGAUUUUGUCGGCUGCAUGAAUUGCCAUUUUUGACCCUCUUUUGGCUCUUGAAGAGUUGAGAAGAAACAGCAGCCACAGCCAAACAGGCCGCAGCAACAAAGUGAUGCAAUGGGCAGCAAAGCCUGUUUUUCAAUACUGAUCUGGCGUGAAUGUAAUCUGUAAUUUCAUAAAGGAUUCAUUGUAAUUUAGUAUUAAUUCAUGUCAUUUAUUAUAAAGUGCUACGAGAUGAGGUUUUGCAGCUGUAUUUUAUUGUCAGCUUCUUUCCAGUGGAGGUGAGGGUGAUGAAGGACAAGUGGAGCACCAGAAUGGGUGAAUAACACCAAAAUGGGCAACCCAUAAAUAGGCAAAUUCUCCUAAAAUGAGUGAAUUGCUUCAAAUCCACAGAUGAGUGAUGCAACCCCAGAAGGAUUCGCCCUCUGUGAAGAACUCUGAAACUGGGUGAUUUACCACCAGUAUGAACUAUGCUUCCCCAAAAUGAGGGACUAUCCCCAAAUAUGAACUCUGCUCUCCAGAAAUGCAAUGUGCCUCCAAAUGAGUGACCCUCUCCAAAAUCAGUGGGAGCUGCCCUGACACCAAAAUAAGCACUGUGCCACCGAAUGUUGCUUCCCAAAAAUGAGGAAUGCUCUCCAAAUAUGAUUAACAGUACCCCAGAAUUGGUCUCUUCCCCCAAAAUGAGUGCCUUUUCCCCCAGAUGAGCACCCAAAAUAAGUGACACACCCCAAAGCAGCGUGAUUCUUCCCAAAAUGGAAUCCUUGCCUAUUAAGCACCCAGCAGCUUGUUACCCCAAAAUAUGCCUAUUUUGCAAAAUGCUGAAUAAUCAUGACCCACAAAAAGUACAUUUUUCUACCCCAAAGCUGCAAAACACAGCUUUUUUUACCCUGCGUAAUGCAGGAUGAGAUGGUUUUGGACCUGCUCCAUCCCCUGGUUAACCGGGGAUGCCUCAGUGGAGUGGAGGCUGGAAAUGUGACACCCAUCUUCCAAAAGGGCUGGAAAGAUGAUCAUGGUAGCUACAGACUUGUCAGUCUCAUCUCAGUGCCAGGGAAGGUUAUGGAAUGGAUAAUCUCAGGAGCCAUCACGGAUCAAUUAAAGGUCAGCCAGGGGAUCGAGUCCAGUCAGCGCGGGUUCGUGAAUGAUAGAUCCUGUUUGACAAACCUGAUUUCAUUCCACGACAAGGCAAAUUCUCCCCACUCCCUGCAACACCAUGUGAUCAGCAAAGGAAGCUGCAAAGCUGGAAAUGAAACAGCCCAUCUGCACCUCAAUCACAGCAACAGCUGACGUGUGGAAUCAAACUCUGUAACUCAAGGACGUCUGCAAUUCAUCUAGUCAGUGAAAAAGCUCUGUAGCAGAAAUGCUAAGUCACGGCCUGAAACAGUGAUUGAAGACCUGGUGGGAAGGCAGGGCCAGCCCCGAGCAGCUCAGGUACAUGCAAUGCACUGAGUGAUGGAAGGACUGGAACCAGGAUUAACCCCUUCCCUGACCUCAUUUAAGAGUUGGCAGCAGAGGCAAAAGUAUCUUGCUGGAGAUCCUUGCCUACCUGAGGCCUUUCAAGGUAAGCUGCUUUUUUUUUUUCCCCCCCAUCCCUGUUUGUUUCAGGUUGCUGAAACAGCUGCUGCAUUUGGGCUUGUCCUCAUUUGCUGCAGCCAAAGAAUUUGCCACCCCACUACUAUCACUGUACUUUCCAUUACAUUAUAGCAUUACAAGCUCCACGGAGCAGAUGAGUCUGUAGGUCAGAGCUCACCAACAGAUCCCAAUUAGUUUAGAGAACAGAUCUUGGUCCUGAUGGCUUUGUUUUUAGCCAGUAUCUGCAAAACAUGUUACAGAGGACUGCACUUGCUUCAGAGACUAAAAGUUUAAAACAGGAAAAGGUAAAAAAAACCCAACAAAACAAACAAACAAACAAAAAAACCCCACCAUUUUUUCUUAAAAUCAAGAAGUAACAAAUAUAUAGCUGCUAAAAACCAUGAAAAGGAUUAGAAUAUGAAGAUUAUUAAAUACCGAGUAGUGUUUAUUCAUCCUAAAGGUCUCGUUAAUGCUGAGGUGGGAACAAGCAAUGUAAAUCACAUAGACAACUUCUGACAAUGACCAUGUUUACAAAGCGCUGAGCAAUAGCAGACAGCUGCUGUGCAGGAGGAAAACUGCUGCAGAGCAAAGGAUGUGAGCAUUCUUCAUGCAGCUUAAGAGCUGCACACACACACAGCUCAGAGUCUCCACAAGCUGGUAGAAGAUCACACCUCAUAAACUCAGUUUUCUUUUACUCCCAGAAACCAGGAAGAAAUCCCUUCACUACUUCACUAGAUAGCUACAGAAUAACAAAGUAAUCAAAGCAAACCACUUGAGCCAGACCAAAUUCUUAAGCAUAAUUCAGAAAUAUUUAUUAAAAAACAAGCCCAAGUCUCACUUCUCCACUUCUCCUUUAUUUUAUGCUCUCUCUGGAAUCCCCCAAAUGAGAUGGUUUCUUGUUCCUCCUCCACCAUCUAUCUGCUCAGCAGCUGGUACAGAGUGACCUCCGAAUUCAAGAGAUAUGGAAACCACUCUUUCUCAUUUACAAACCAACAAACCUGCAGCUACCUUGCAUUCCUGCCUCAUGCCAGUGUGCAAUGAAAUGAAGUGCAAUGAAAUCCUGCUGCUCUGCUUAGUAUUUAAAGUACAUGGCAACCUAACUGAGGACUGACACAGCACCACACUCAGCAACUUGAGGUAUUGACAGCAGCUUCUCUUCUCCCCUGACUCACAUCACUCCAUGCAGAAAUCUUACCCAAGAUCCAGAACUGAACUCCUGCAUGCCCGUCCCUUUUCAGUGCUUCUUUCCCUUACUGCACACACCAAAGAAAGACAGUAACUUUCUCCUAUUUACUCUCCUUACACAUAGGAAACACAUGCAGUGCGAGGAAGCUAAUUAAAGCAGAUCUCUGCAGAACUUAAAAGCAAAGAGGUUUUGUCUAGCAGAGAAGAGGAAAAAAAAAAUAAUUUGGAAAAAAAAAAAUCAAUAAAACAGUAGACUGCAAAGUAAUAAAGGGCUUUUGGACAAUUUGAAGGAAAUAAAACAGGCUGUCCUCUAGGGCUCACACUGUACCUUUAUCUACCCAUCAUUUGAUUCACACCGAUAUUUAUACUUCCUUCUCCUAUACUUCCCACCCUCCAAGUGAGCAUAAUGGGGAAUCCUGCAGAUGGAUGGUUCUUUGUUGCUACUUUUUUCAACAAAGCUUGGCUUACAUCACCUCAUCCUAUUGAGAAAAGCCUGUAUCUGUAGGUACACAGGGUCUUGGUGUAUUUUCAAGUGUAGUCUGGCACUGCCACAGUAUGAUCUUAAAUUUUAAGUACUGUUUUUACUGAUAGUAAAAUACACAGGCUGUUGCUACUCCAAAGCGCACCUACAAAUGGCAGGUAAUAGAUAUACCAAGAACGGCCCUGAACUUGGCAGCUCCCAGCUUCCAGCAUUUCUACAGGGUGCCAGCCAACUUUUAACUUUGUUGUCCUAGAUACAGAAGGAUCUAUUUCCCCAGAAAAACCCAGAUAAAUGUAUCCUUUAAUUUUAAAAACCAAAUACUCAUAUUUGACAGCUAUUGCUAUCCAGAAGUGAAAAACAGAAAUGCUGUCACUGGCUGAUCUGCUCAAAACACCUUCAUACAUCAGUGGGAAGCAACUCAGGCUGAUCAUGCACGAAGAUACGACGGUCAUACGGCCAGGCCCAUUGCCAUCCCUAUUACUCAAGAUUUUUCGCUAAUAUAUUACUGUAUAAGAAACAAAUUCUCAACAUCUAUGUCUGAUACGAAAGAUCACUAGUCUAUGCACAGAGGUGUAGGUGUGCCAUGUAAACACCUCUGAUCCAUCUCUCAAACACGUGAAGUAAUUCUAAGCACAUUUCUCCACUAACUAAGAUCACCUUCUGGGAUGCAAGAAGUCAGGCAAAAUAAUGAAUAAGCUGUAUCUCCAGCUUAAAUAGGUUCUAAUUAAAAACCCUAACACAUUUUGUCUCAUAACGUGAAGUUAUUUGGCCUUAUUAAGUAGUUGCUUUUUUUGAGACUAAGUAAAAAGCAUGUGACUGCCUGAACUAAAAAGAAAAAAAAAAACUAUUAACCAUCCUGUACAACUCUGAGUACUAAGGUUGUCUCUGCGCAUACAGUCGCAGGCUUCCACGUGAAGAGCAGCACAGCAGCAGCUGGCACCAGUGCUCUGCAGUCAAAUGCAGAUUAGAUAGCUUGGUCUAUUCUGAACCCUCAAUACCCAUGCAUCUCACAAAGUCGCUGGGUGGCUCAGAGGAGAACCUCUUGGAAAUCCAUGAAAUCCAGCAACUCCUUCACUACAUCAUGAGGAGGAGCUAGCAUUCAGCAGCAACAGCAGCAACACUUUUGUCCUCAGCUAUGUCAUGAUGACAGGAAAAGGGGAAAUAAUUAUUAGAGGUGAGGAGCUGUUUCAGGACGAGGAAGUUUCCUAUCUGAAAAGUAUGUUUUGUUUCUGGCUGCGCAGCUUGCCAGCAACCACCUGCAACUUAGUGAGGACUGCAGCACCACUGAGCUUCUAAGAACAAUGCAAGGAGACCACCUCCACCUGUUGGUGAGUUCCCAUUGCUCUGGUGUGCUCUGUCAUUGCCACAGCCAAAUCAGAAUCAUAGAAUCACAAUGUUGGAAAUGACCUAUAAGAUCAUCUAGUCCAACUGUCUUCUCAUUACCAUUGCUACCACAAUCUACUAAACCAUAUCUCGCAGCACCUCAUCCAGACACCUCUUAAACACUGCCAGGGACGGCAACUCUACCACCUCUCUGGGCAGCCAUUCCAGUGCCUGACCACUCUCUGAGAGAAAAAGUUUUUCCUCAUGUGUAACCUUAACCUCCUCUGAUACAACUUGCAGCCAUUUCCCUGAGUCCUGUUUGUUGCCUGGGAGAAGAGGCCAAACUUUUCUUCAUCACAGCCUCCCUUCAGGAGGUUAUACUGUGCAGUGAGGUCUCCCCUGAGCCUCCUCUUCUCCAGACUGAACAAUCCCAGCUCCCUCAGCCAUUCCUCCUAAGACUUGUGUCCAGACCCCUCACCAGUUUUGUUGCCCUUCUCUGGACACGCUCCAGGGCUUCAAUGUCUUUCCUAUAGUGAGGGGCCCAAAAUGGAACACAAUAUUCCAGGUGCAGUGCAGCCUUACCAGUGCUAAGUAGAGGGGGGUGAUCACCUCCCUGCUCCUACUGGCCACACUAUUUCUAAUGCAGGCCAGGAUGCUGUUGGCCCUCUUGACCACCUGGGCACACUAUCAGCUCCUGUUCAGCCAGGCAUCAACCAACACCCCCAGGUCCUUCUUCUUCACAGUCACCCACCCAACUCAUUCCCAAACCUAUAGCACUGCAUGGGGCUGUUGUGACCAAAGUGCAGGACCCUACACUUGGCUUUAUUGAACCUCAUCACCUCAGCCCAGUGAUCCAGCUUAUCUAGAUCCCUCUGAAGGGCCUCCCUACCCUAAGGCAGAUCAAAUUAGGGACAAUUAUACACACAUUCUCAUGUUUUAUUCUAUCUUAAAUAAAGGCCAUCACUCCUCCUAAAAAGGGUAUGAAAACCCCAACCAACUGAAGAAAGAAUACAUACUUCAAGACAUCAAGGUGACCAACAAAAAGAAGAAAACACAGUUUUAUUGCUGUUUGUUCCCUUUUUCCCCCCUUUGCAAUUUUUUCUACUUAAAGACUUAAGAAAGCUGCAAAGAUAUUUUGGAACAUUGCUUAUUUUUAAUUAAAAAAAUAUUAGGGAUAGC